UGAUCGGUGUUUGAGUUUGUCCUCUAACUCCGGCGGAGGCUAAGGCGGAACGGACUCGGAGUCGGUGUCGAAUUUUCAUAUUCUUGUACACCCUUGCAAUCAACACAAGAAAACGACGACGUCCCGCACCCAACAAGACGACAUGUUAACUUUCUACCCCACGACACCGUAUUUGAAUUUGUUGCAUGCUUCACCCCUGGAACAAACGGUAAUCUUGUAUUCGCUCCAAUUCCCGAUUCUCUCGCGGCGGACUUCUCCUCUUAUCCUUCGGGCAUUUCCUCUCUUGACUCCAUGGACUUGCUGGGGAAGAUAAGGAUGCAAAAGAAGGAGGCCGAGAAUCCACCGCCACAAGGCCCGGUUUUCUGGAUUGAGACCGCCGAUUCCGUCUCUCGCCACUAUCAGUUCGAAUCCGAUGGUCAACUCUCUGUGAAGGUGCUUGAUGACUCAAGACCAGUGGUUCAUAGGAUGGUCGAAUCUUUCCUAAAUAAGUUUUUUCCUUCUGGUUAUCCAUAUAGUGUUAACGAGGGCUAUCUUAGAUACACACAAUUUCGGGCACUACAACACUUGUCCAGUGCAACAUUAUCUGUGCUAUCAACUCAGUCACUGCUAUUCGCUGCAGGCUUGCGACCUACUCCUGCUCAGGCGACUGCUGUAAGUUGGAUAUUAAAGGAUGGCAUGCAGCACGUAGGAAAACUUAUAUGUAGUAAUUUGGGUGCAAGAAUGGAUUCGGAGCCCAAACGUUGGAGAAUUUUGGCUGAUGUGCUCUAUGACUUGGGCACUGGCUUAGAAGUUCUUUCCCCCUUAUGUCCUCACCUAUUUCUUGAAGUGGCAGGCCUUGGCAAUUUUGCAAAGGGGAUGGCUGUUGUUGCAGCAAGAGCAACAAGAUUGCCAAUAUAUUCUUCAUUUGCCAAAGAAGGCAACCUUAGUGACCUAUUUGCGAAAGGAGAGGCCAUCUCGACUCUUUUUAAUGUCAUUGGAAUAGGGGCAGGGAUCCAGUUAGCAUCUACUGUUUGUUCAUCAAUGCAAGGAAAGCUGGUUGUUGGACCUCUCCUUUCCGUUAUACAUAUUUACAGUGUCUGUGAAGAAAUGCGAGCUGCUCCUGUCAACACAUUGAAUCCUCAGAGAACUGCAAUGAUUGUGGCAGAAUUUCUAAAGAGUGGAAAAAUAUCAAGCCCUGCUGACUUAAGAUACCAAGAGGAUCUCCUAUUCCCUGGGCGGCUGAUUGAGGAUGCCGGUAGUGUUAAAGUCGGAAGGGCUCUGCAUAAUGUUGUUAGGCCUUCAAAUUUUCACCAACUUAAAGAAAUAUUCCCGGAGGAGAAAUUUCUUUUAAAUUGUGGAACUAGAUGGACUGACAUGGUAUUGGAGCACAAUGCGACUGGUGAAGACGCAUUAAGGGGCUGGUUGGUAGCGGCAUAUGCUGCAGACAUGGAGAAGUCUGUUCAUGAGACAAGUGCUAAUGUCUUAGGAGAGGCUUAUGAGAGAAUGAAUAAUGUGUUCUCUCCAUUUCUCUCUGAACUGCAAGCCAAAGGGUGGCAUACUGAUCAGUUUCUUGAUGGAACAGGAAGCCGUUUUGGUCGAUAGUAUAAAUGCAGUUUCAGGUAAUCCAUUUUUCUGUUUAGGACGUAGAAGUCAUUUGAUUGAAAUGCCUGACUAUAUACAAUUGUCUUUUGUGCGUGACCUGGAUGUCACUGAGUUUAAGUCAUGAGACAACUUGGAUGUCACUGUCACGACUUUACAUCAUGAAACAACCUCUCAGGCUCAGCAAGCAGAGUGAGGUUGCAUACAUCUACCCUUUUCCAUAUCUCGUAGGGAUUAGAGUUGGAGUUUUGUGUACUGGGAUACCUUUUAUUAUACGAGUGUCCAAUGAGGUUGAAACGAAGUUUUUUAUUGUAAAGAUUUAGCUUUUGAAAUAGGAUUGCUUAUA